AAGGUCUUAUAUGUAGGCAAUACAGAAUGUAAUCAGCAAGUAUGACGUUCGCCUUUGUAAACAAAAUCGCUAUCAGUUCGUGUGAUAUGCUCGGUAAGAAGAGUUGGACCAUUUGUGUUCCGAAAUUGUGCGAAAACUACGUGAAAUUCCAGCGAAAUAUUUCCGGAGUCGAAGCCAACACUAGAAAAUCGGUAAUGAUGAACAAACGUACGGAAAUACCAAUGCGCCAUCUGUUCGAUGGUAGCGAUCUAAAUGUGUACGAUCAGCAGAUUGCGAAUUUAUCGGCCGGUGCCCCAGGGCCGGAUUUGUUAGGUGAAUGCUGUGGGAUUUUUCGCACCGCUACCGAGCAUAGGAUGAAAUUUGAAUUGGAGAACAAUUCAUACCUGUUCCAAUAUGGGCCAACCGUGGGAACAACGGAGUUCAGACAGGCCUUGGCCGAUUUCUUGUCUGAAGGCUAUCAGUCGAAAGUGAAUAAAUCGGACCUGGUGCAAACAUCGGGAGCAACACAUGGUCUACAUCUAAUUCUAUCGACAUUGAUAGAUAUGACUGGCGUUAUCUUCGUAGACGAAGUCACAUACAUGAUAGCCUUAGAGGCUUUCCGCCAAUUCGACUUAAUGAAAAUUGUACCAGUACCCUUAAAAUCUGACGGUCCUGACCUAAACGUCCUUAGCACAUUGAUCGAAAAGCACAAGUUUAAGUCGAAUGGAAACAAGCUUUUCUGGGGCGUCUAUUACACUAUCCCAACAUUUCACAACCCAACCGGAAUACUAUUUUCGGAAGACACUAAUAAAAAAUUGAUAAAAUUGGCCAGAUCAAGCGACAUAUUGAUUGCAUGUGACGAUGUAUACAAUUUGCUGUACUACUCAUCUGAUAGCAAGGAUGUUCCUCAACUACCACCAAAACGUCUGUUCGCAUACGAUAUUGAUGAUAUCGAGAGCAAUGGCUGGAAAGGUAACGUUAUCUCCAAUGGAUCUUUUUCGAAAAUUUUGUCUCCAGGAAUUCGUCUCGGAUGGAUGGAAUGCCCUCCUCGAUGUUUGGAAAUAUUUCGUGCAAGUGGCGUACUCAAAAGUGGAGGUGCAGCCAAUAACUAUACCGGCGGGAUUGUAACAAGUAUGAUUCAGCUAGGAUUGGCUCAGCAACAACUCAAUCUAUAUGCACUAAAAUAUGCAGAACGUCUUCGAGCAGCAUGUCAAGUGUUACGCGAGAAUCUACCGAAUCAAUGUUCCUUUGUGGCACCAAAUGGAGGUUAUUUCAUUUGGAUUCGGUUCCCAGAUGAAAUCGAUUGCACUGAUUUUAAUCAGUAUUGCAUUGAAAAUUUCAGCGUCUCGGCUAUAGCCGGGAAUAGAUUUUCCUCAGGUGGAUCACACAAAAAUUAUAUGCGACUGACUUUUGCCUUUCAUGAUCCUGAUUUUUUGAAGAAAAGCAUUGAAAAGUUUUGUAAGGGCAUUGAAAAGUAUCUGGGUAAAAUGGCAAAUUAACUUUUUCGAAAAUGGCCAAGCCUAUAACGAGUGUUCAGUAAAAAAUGAAAUUGAUUUCAAUACCUUUCUGUAAUUAAAGUAAAAAGCGUUUUUUUUUCUCUCCAAGAGAAUUCGCUCUUGAGUCCCUAAAAAUGGGUAGCAUGUUUGUUUUCGCUCGGGUACUGUCACUUUAAUCGAAGAUGGCGUCGAAACAGUAUGCACUCUGCGAGCGUGUUGUACGGUUUUACGUACGUUCCGAAAGAAAGGAACCCGACCUACUACCUACCCCAGUGCCAGUGUUUUUUUUUUUUUUUGAACAUUAAACAUUAUGUUUUACUGAAUUCGUUGAAAAAUAAUUUUUUACUGUAUGAAUAAAAAAAAACUUUUUUUUCAUUGUACCCCCGUUAUGUUCCGAUUUGAACUAAAUUUUCAUAGAAGGUGAAAGCAUUGAAAAAUAGUGAGAUGGAAUUGACCGUGAUAUGAGUGGUUGAAGGAAAUUUAUUCAGUGUUACGUCUGUCUGUCUGUGUCUGUGUUUUCAUCAAACUUGUUCAUCUCAUCUAAAUGUACAACUCUGCUAAAAGCACUAUCAAGUUAAUUUUUCUUUUUUUGUCAAUUAUAAGUUUGAUAACAAACUUAUUUCAGUUACACCGUUGUUGCGUUUGAACUCGUGAAAGGAAAGAAAGUACAAUAUAAAUAAGGUAGAAAUUCAAAUUUCAAUUCAUUCAAAUCGGUCCAUGAAUAACUAAGAUCUUAGCCUAAAAAGUUCUCCAUUUUGUAUACACUGUAGAAAAUAAAUUGUGAAAUCACGCGGUUCUUGCUACACCUCACUCACUCGUGUCGUGAGCAUUGUGUAAAACUUAACGUGACGAAACAAGAUAUUACAAUUCACUUAAAAGGCAUUUCAGGAAAAACAAAAAAAAAAACAAUAUGUGUAUGCUAUGAUUAAAAAAUAAUAAUAAAAUGCGAAACAUA